UGCACAUACGCAUUUACAUAAAAACAAUAUAGAAUAUAAAUUUUGGUAUAAAAAGAAGUGAUGGUCACAUUUCGAACAUAUUGGUAAUUUGGUAUACCCCGAAGAACUAACAUGAAGACCGCUUUCGUUUUAUUAUUCGCUGUUGCUGCAGCUUCGGCCAUCCCCAUCGAUGAUGAGAGGCAAUCCGGUGAAGGUGGCUGGUAUGUGCCACAAUCGGAUGGAUCCUUCGAAUGGAUGACCACCGAACAAGCCGAAGAAAUGCGUGCCGCACCAAGUGGUCGCGCCGCUGCUGUAGUAUAUUUCCACUUGUACACCAACGAAAACCCCACAACACCAGACACAAUCGUUGCUGGCGAUGCCGCUUCUUUGGCUGCGUCCCACUUCAACCGAGCAAAUCCAACCAAAUUCGUAAUCCACGGUUGGCAAUCAGACUCCGAUUCCGAUUUGAACCCUUUGAUCCGUGACGCUUACUUGUCGAAGGGUAAAUUCAACGUUAUCUGCGUAGAUUGGAGCGACAAGGCACAGACACUCAAUUAUGCUGCAUCUGUAAUGCGUGUGCCCGGUGUUGGUAAACAGGUCGCUUCCUUCAUUGACUUCUUACACAAGGAUGGUGGUCUGUCUUACGCCAACUUACAAGUGAUCGGUCACAGUUUAGGCGCUCAUGUAUCCGGUUAUGCGGGCAAGAAUGUGCGUUACGGACGUAUCCAACAAAUUACCGGUUUGGACCCUGCCCUACCCAUGUUCAGCUAUGACAAACCUGCUGAACGUUUAAACCAAAACGAUGCCUACUAUGUGGAGUCCAUUCAAACUUGCGGUGGUCUUUUGGGUUUCUUGAGACCAAUUGGUAAGGCUGCUUUCUAUCCUAACGGUGGUAAAAGUCAACCCGGUUGUGGUCUCGAUCUUGCCGGUUCAUGCGCCCAUUCACGUUCAUGGAUCUACUAUGCUGAAUCUAUCCAAAAGAAUAAUUUCCCAUCGAUGAAGUGUUCUGAUUAUGAAAAUGCUGUGGAGAAAUCUUGUGGUAAGACCUACUCUUCCGUACGCAUGGCUGCCCCCACCAACUAUGUCAACGCCGAUGGUGAUUUCUAUGUUCCAGUGAACAAGAAGGCCCCCUAUGGUAAGGGUAAAUAAAUUGAUAUUAUUCUGAUAUUCAGAAUAUGAAAGAAUUAUGAAUUGCUUAAAUAAAAAAAUUAAAAAAAUGUAUAA